UUCUUCGGUUCUACAAAACAAUUUGAAACCGACAGAAUCUCAGGGUCGCCUUUGGGCGUGUAACUGGCGGUUAUUUCCAUUCUGACGUAUUUCCAACUCAUCUGUUAAAACCUGUUCUUGCUAAGAUGAUGCAAUUUAUGAUCUUGUUUAGCCGCCAGGGAAAAUUAAGGCUCCAAAAGUGGUAUAUUUCCUAUUCUGAAAAAGAAAAGAAAAAAAUUUUACGCGAUCUCACUACAAUUGUGCUUUCACGAAAGCCAAAAAUGUGUUCAUUUAUUGAAUGGAAGGACUUAAAAGUUGUUUAUCGUCGGCACGUCCAUUCUGGUUUUAUAACUAACGUUUUUAGUUAUGCUAGUCUAUACUUCUGUGCUGCAGUUGAACCCCAGGACAAUGAGCUACUGACUUUGGAAAUAAUCCACAGAUAUGUGGAACUUUUAGAUAAGUAUUUUGGUAGCGUUUGUGAACUCGACAUUAUAUUCCAUUUUGAAAAGGCAUACUACGUAUUAGAUGAGUUUAUGUUAGGAGGAGAAGUUCAGGAGACUGGCAAAGAAAGCGCUUUAAACGACAUUGACAUGCAAGAUCUAAUUCAGGAGGAAGAGGCACCUCAAGGAUUUUUCGAAGAACAAGGAGGAGUGUAAAACCAAAGAAGAACAAGCUGAUAUAAGUGUGGUUGAUGUUUCUGGAUUUUAAAAUCAUUUCUGUUUCCUUCAAAGAUAAUGACUUGCUUAAUUUGUGUAUACAUUUACUUCAAGAUAAAAGUAUGCGAUAUGUUCGUAAGUAAAUUGUGCAAAGUACUCAAAAAUUAUUUACUUCUUGCAAACUUUUUUCUCUGCUCACUUUUCUGUUGUUUUGAUUAAUUUUCAAAUGCAAAUUUUAACCUCUCUCAGCAAACAUGUAUACAUUUAAGUUAGUUUUUUUUUCUGUUCAUUCCCUUUAUUAAAUUAUCAGUUAACUUUUUUUAAAAUGUAAUUUCCCUACAUAUGCCUUUCAUUUAAAAGAAAAAAGACAUUCUACUGCUCAAACCAAUUUUGCAUAUCAUUGUUUUACAAGAAACUAUUACUAUUACCUCUGAUAUUACGAUUCACUU